AUGUCUCGUGUUUAUGCCGAUUCCGACCAUUAUUGCCCAGGCAGCAUCCUGAAUCUCACCAAGUACAGACCAGUCCAGCCUCAUGGCACCUCUCAGUAUCUUCCAAACCCACCACCUGGCCCUGAUCUUCGCCACUUCGACCCUCACCGAUGUUUCCUGAAGGAUGAGCAUCUCGAACUUGAGGUGCUGGAACGCCUUUCACUGAAUCCCGGACCUCAAGUCUUCCGUUGCAAGAUCAUUGCGUUGCCCUCGCCCGAGUAUAUGAACAGCGACACCGACGUGGAGCUUCCCGUCCCACAGACUCAAGUAGUGGCCAAAGUCUUCGACCACAAGCUCUGGCCGAAAUACAACGGCACGCCGAUCAGCAACAUUGAACUCGCUGACGGCGCACUCAGCCGAGAGAGCUGCCAUUACCAGCAUCUCUAUCGGAAGAACUUGACCGGACCGCCGCACCUCACUGCGCAGUACUACGGUACUUGGGCGGUCAGGUUCGCCGUCGGCGAGACUCCCGAACGGCGCGUCCAGUACAAAACCGUGGCUCUCAUCCUCAUGGAGUACAUUGACGGCUACUCCAUUGAGGAUCUCUGCAACCGAGAUGAAUACGGUAAUCUCGUCCCGGACGAUGAGUUGCCGUUGGAAUUUCACCAAUCCGACACGGGACGCCCAGUCCUUCUGGACAUCAACCACGACACGCGGAUGGAGGUUCUCAGGCAGCUCAUCGACGGCAACGUCAGGCACAUGCACACGGGGGUUAUGGAUGGCGAUUAUGAGCCUCGCCAUGUCUACAUCACAAUGCGAGACGGAACUCGCGAUCUCGACAAGCCUCGGACGGUUCUCCUCGAUCUCAGUCGCGCACGCCUUUGGUCAACGACCAAACACGUGAAGGAUGCCGCCGAUGGCAUUCACUGCUUGGAGCUCGUCCCGCACCCGAUUCAUCCCUACGAAGUCGCCAGCGCCGCCCCAUUCGACGACUUUGCCGGAUGGUUUCCUCAAGAGUGGUUCGAGGAGACCGUGGACGGAGAUCCGAGCAAAGGAAAGUUUCGGGAAUGGCUGCUCGAGGCUUUUGGCCCUUUGCAGGAGGGUCCAGACUACUCUACAGGCGCAACCGUGGACAAGGCCAAGGCCGAGAGGGACAGAGCGGAGGUCCUGAGCAAGAUGAAGGCAGCGAUGAUCGGAACGGGCUUUCCCAUGUCCCCCUACCCGCCGCUCUACCACGCGGCCACUACUCUGGAGAUCCCGCAGAGUUUCAAAUCUCUCAAUAUUUCACACGAAUCUUAUCCCGCUCAUGUUUCCGACGCGUCUCUGUGGGAGCCAUCGAGGAACUUGGACGCGCCCUCCCGCGUCGACGUUCCCCCGACUGACCUCCAGCCCGAGUCUGGUGCGGGUGCGACGACGACCGGCUCUUGGAACCAGGGCGGUAGUGCGGGCGAAGCGUCAAACUCACACACGCACCACGAUCAGCCGGCCUUGGAGGGCGAGCAGGCUCCUGAUACGCACGAGAAACCGAAGCCCAACAACAAGAACAAGAGGAAGAACAAGAAGAAGGGCAGGCGUGGUUGA